AUGACGCGCCCCAAGAAAUCGCCCAUCCUCCUGCUCGAUGGCACCGGCGUGGUCCCCUCCCGCAUUGCCCGCCGACUCUUCUUCUCGGCCUCGUCCGAAAAGCACCCCUUGUUGAUUGCCUCGACGCCCGGAUUAGACCCUAACGGUGUCAAAUUCAACCUUUACGAUCCCACCACCUGGGAGAACCCCUUCAUCCGUGCUCAGGAGCUGUUUGGCAUAGGCUCGGAGAUGGAGAGCGAUGACAUGAAAGUCAAAUGCGGGUCGAGUCGCAAGGAGACAUUAGAGGAGAGCAUGGAAGGAGAGGGGGAGACGACUGGGCCUGUGGAGGACACUUUGGAAAAGGAGGACAAGAGCGAAACACCUACAGGGCUGGAUACGGACUUGCAACAAUUCGCCGCCACAAGCGGCCCCUCUACCUCGACAAAACAACAACAACAACAACAACAACCUCAAGCCCACCAGUCAGAAGAAACCGACGAGAAGCCCGUCAUGAUUCACUCCAUCUACCUCACAGCUCCCAACAACCCCCCUUCCAACGUCCACGUUCACUCCCACUCUUCCCGCACAUCUUCCCUCGCCGCCGAAGACGAGCAGCAGCAGAGAGCGCCCCUCCCCUUCCCCCUCCCAGCAAGCAUCGCUGCUCAUGCAAUUCAUUGA